AUGGGGAGAGGCUUUCUUCUGGAAAUACCUGGGGAAGGAGGCAAUGAGAAGGCGGACCGCCUGGCGGAAGCUCUGUCACCGGUCCUCACGGGUAGGGUGGUGGUGUCCCGCCCCAUGCGCAAGGGCGAGGUCCGGCUAACGGGACUGGAUGCCUCCGUUGGCCCUGAGGACAUUGUUGCGGCGGUGACGGCGGGAGAGUUUGGCCCCUGCCGGGAGAGCGACAUCGCAAUGGGGCCCAUUGCUGAAGGCCGCGAUCGCAUGGGCUCGGCCUGGCUGAGAUGCCCGGAGGCAGUGGCUACUAAGUUAGCUGCUGUGGGACGACUUCGGGUUGGCUGGUCUAGCGCCCGAGUCGUCCCACUUGAAGUGCGCCGGCUCCAGUGCUACAAAUGCCUGGAGUUCGGCCACGUACGGCAGUCAUGCCGGAAUGAGGUGGACCGCACCCGCACCUGUUUUCGGUGCGGUAAGGAUGCGGACCACACGGCGCGCACCUGCACGGCUCCCGUGCGAUGUGUGCUGUGUGACAGCAGGGGCCUGUCCACCGGUCACCGGAUGGGAGGCCCAUCUUGCCCUUCACGUCUGAAGGGCAGGAAUGGAAGGAGAAACCCCCCGGAGCGGAGGAUCGGGGUAGCUGCCGUGGCAGCCGAGAUGGAAGUGGACCGCAAUGAAAAUGCGUAA